UACAUUCAUCCAUUUGGCAGACACUUUAAUCCAAAGUCUGACUUACAAGUUGUAAAUUUUUUAUCAGUGUGUGCAUUCAUCAAUGCUUUAUGAACCUUUACUCAUUCACCUUCACUUUUAUUGUGUGAAUGCGAUGCAUUUGACAGUCAGGGAAUCUUUCAGAAACGGGUUUGUAAGGUCCUGAUGUGGUUGAGAUGACACAGCUCUGUAACCAUAGCGACUCACCCGUCUGCAGACAGUAAUGUUAUGUCUGUAUCAACACUGAUGGCCGUUUAUAAUCCUAUUGAUCCCAGACAGUCUGAAAACAGCACUGGGAAUCUUAUCUUAUCUGUCCUGCAGUCAUGUGUUGAUGUCUUCUGCUACUGAAUGCUAAAGCUUCAUUCAGACUAACAGCAACUAGCAGUAGCACAGCGACGCAAUCUCAUUCAUUUCAAUGGAAGCUUAGCAACUUUCAGCAAUACAAGUGACAUUAACCGUUGGCGACUGAAUGGGAUGUGUCCAGGUGAGCAACAAAGUUGAGAAAAGUUCAACUUUAAGCAAAUAAUGAGUGACAUUCAGGAGUGACCAAUGGAUGAGAGCGAAGCAGUGGAGUUCACGUCAUCCGUCUCUUGUCAGUUACUGGAGUGAAUGGUACUCAUUGUUUAUGACAACCAGAUUUAGAAACACCUCCUAAUGACCUCACUAAAAGAGAUGGGCGACAUACAGCAAGAAAGUGUCUGGUGGUCUGAAUGAGGCUUUAGAAGUGAAAAGCACAUCUAAUGUUCCUCAACAAAACAUCAUUCAUUCAUCCAUAAAUAAAUAACAAUGAAGUCAUUAGGGUUAAAUCCCACAAAACCAUUAAACUUAAGGGCCUGGUUUCACAGACAAGACAAGGCUUAGCUAAAGCCAGGACUAGGUCUUAGUUAAAUUACAAUGUUUAAGCAUCUUUUAUUAACAUGCCUUAGAAAAAGACAUGACUGGUGUGUAUCUUGAGACAAAUCAAUGGAACUGGCAUAUUUAAAGAUCUGUCCGUGGAAUUGAUUUUUAGUUAAGACCCCUCAAACACGUGUACAGUAGGUCUAGGACUAAAAGCCUUGUCUAUGAAACCAAGGGAAAAUGUAUUUCAGCUUCAGAUGAAAGACAAGAGGUCAAAGGUGGUAUCACCGGCAAAAAGACUGAACGCAACGGCUCGCCCGAUGACCUUUCCUAUUAACUGCACCGAAGCAAAACUUUUCCAAGGUCACAUGUGGUUUUCUGAGGGAUGCACUUCAUGAGUUCACAGUGUUUAAAGGUAAUAAGGAAGUAUUUUCGCAAUGUGUCAAAAGAGCCCUGAGCAAGUUCCCAUUCCAGCUGGCUUUCCAUUAACUUUCAUCAUCAGAGAAAUAACUCAUGUCUGUUAAACACAUCAGCUUUCUUUCUCAUGAGCUAUGAAUAUCAUUGAAAAACAUCUCAGAAAAUCUAAAACACACCAAUAUCUCAGCAUUAACAUGUGAAUGUUCGGCCUGUACAUCAAAGCAAUAACCCUCAUAAACCAGUCAACGCUUGAUAGUCUCUUCAGUGAAAGUUCAGUCUGAAAUAUUAAUAGUUAUAACCUGAGUCAUCAGGGUUUUUAUCUGCUAUUGGAGUUUAUUAUCACCUGUUAAUUUUUAAACACGCCACCUUUGAUGAAGCAAGGACAUUUUUACCCCCAUUUCACACCCACCAAAACAACACCAUCAAGUGCAUCAACAGAAUAAACCAAUCAGCAUCUAGCUGUGAACUCCAGCUAUAUAAAAGUGUCACAUAAUCCCAGAAACAUUCACACCACAUCGACUUCUCCUCCAUCUGUGGUCCAGAAAGAGUCUUAAUCAAUCUGGACAUAUUCACAGCAUCUCAAAGUCGUGUAGUGUUUGACUAAAGUCACUCUCAGAUGAUGGAGAAUCCAGGUUUUGAGAGGUCUAAAGAUGAUCCUCCGCAGUACGAAGAGACAUCUUUCACCAGUAACGGCUUCAGGAACGGAGAUCAUCGGGCCGUACGUCCGUCGGUCGUCAGCGCGUUUGGCCACGACACUUUGGAUCGAGUGCCGAGAAUCGACUUCUAUCGUAACCCGGCGAGUCUCAGUGGACACAGAGUGUUGAGACCGUCUCUACAGGAGCUCCAUGAUGUUUUUCAAAAGAACCUUAAUGAUGUAAACACGGGCGAGAGCAGCGAGGUGGGUGACAGUUCAGUGCUGGGCGAUGUGGAAUCGGUCGUCCCGCUGGAAGACAAGAAGGAAGAAGGUGUAGUUAAAUUCGGCUGGAUCAAAGGCGUUCUGGUGAGAUGUAUGCUGAAUAUCUGGGGUGUGAUGCUUUUCAUUCGUCUAUCAUGGGUGUUUGGACAAGCAGGAAUCGGAUUGGGGAUUGUGGUGGUUUUAUUGAGUAUAGUGGUGACCAGUGUGACCUGUCUGUCUAUGUCAGCCAUAUGUACCAAUGGUAUCGUACGAGGAGGUGGAGCGUAUUAUCUGAUAUCUCGCAGUCUUGGCCCUGAGUUUGGAGGAUCCAUCGGUCUGAUCUUUGCUUUUGCUAAUGCUGUUGCUGUGGCGAUGUACGUCGUGGGCUUUUCUGAAACUGUGGUGGAUCUGCUCAAGGAGAAUGACGCCAUUAUGGUGGACCCAGUUAAUGACAUCAGAAUUAUUGGAUGUAUAACUGUGGUUCUGUUGUUGGGAAUCUCUGUGGCUGGAAUGGAAUGGGAAGUCAAGGCUCAGAUAAUCCUGUUGGUCAUUUUGCUGCUGGCCAUUGGUAAUGUAUUUGUUGGAACUGUAAUUCCCUCCACCCAAGACAAGCGGUCUAAAGGCUUCUUUAACUAUCGAGAAUCCAUCGCAAAGGAAAACUUUCUACCGGACUUCCGUGAUGGAGAAACGUUCUUCUCGGUUUUUGCCAUUUUUUUCCCAGCAGCCACAGGGAUUUUAGCCGGAGCAAACAUCUCUGGUGAUCUGAAAGAUCCUCAGGAUUCGCUUCCUAAAGGAACCCUGCUGGCCAUCUUUAUCACAGGAUUGACAUACCUGGGCAUCGCUGUGUGUGUUGCUGCCACAGUCGUUCGAGAUGCGACCGGUAACCGCAAUGACACGAUUAUACCAGGAAUGACUUGUAACUUCUCUUCAGCGUGUGAAUUCGGCUACGACUUCUCUGUCUGUGAAAACACCAAAUGCAACUACGGCCUCAUGAACAACUUUCAGGUCAUGACUUUGGUGUCUGGAUUUGGACCUCUGAUCACAGCAGGAACGUUCUCAGCGACCCUCUCUUCUGCUCUCGCAUCUCUCGUCAGCGCUCCCAAAGUCUUCCAGGCACUGUGCAAAGAUAACAUCUACAAAGCUCUCAAGUUCUUUGCCAAAGGUCACGGGAAAAACAACGAACCAAUCCGAGGAUAUGUGUUGACCUUCCUCAUUGCUGUGGCCUUCAUUCUCAUUGCUGAACUCAACACCAUCGCACCCAUCAUUUCCAACUUCUUUCUGGCCUCAUACGCUCUCAUCAACUUCUCCUGUUUCCAUGCUUCAUAUGCCAAAUCUCCAGGUUGGAGGCCGGCGUAUAAAUACUAUAACAUGUGGUUGUCUUUAUUCGGAGCGGUUCUUUGCUGCGCUGUGAUGUUUGUCAUUAACUGGUGGGCAGCGCUUGUCACCUACGGCAUUGAGUUCUUUCUUUAUAUUUAUGUUACUGUGAAGAAACCAGAUGUGAAUUGGGGUUCAUCGACUCAAGCAGUGACAUUUGUGAAUGCAGUGGACAACGCUUUGACUUUAUUGGGUGUAGACGAUCACAUCAAAAACUUCAGACCUCAGUGUCUCGUGCUGACCGGAUCUCCCAGAACUCGACCAGCACUGUUGGAUGUGGCACAUUCAUUCACCAAGAAUUAUGGCUUGUGUUUGACCUGUGAAGUCUUUCUGGGUCCACGUGACAACAAUCUGUCUGAAAUCAGUGCUGCUGUUCAGAAGAAUCAGCUGUGGCUCAACCAACAAAAGCGCAAAGCAUUUUACACGGCUGUAGUGCGAGAGAACCUGCGGGACGGAGCAGAAACUCUGAUGCAGGCAUCUGGGCUCGGCAGAAUGAAGCCAAACACGGUGAUGUUGGGAUUUAAACAGAAUUGGAGGACAGCUGAUCGACAGGAAGUCCAAAGCUAUGUAGGAAUUCUGCAUGAUGCCUUUGAUUUCGAGCAAGGGACCGUGAUAUUGAGAAUAAGUCAAGGAUUGGACAUUUCACAUAUCCUUAAAGCAGAAGAGGAGUUGGAGCGUCUGAUCAUGGAGCAGCAUGCGCUGGAGAUGGAGGAGAACGAUUUUCAGCCUCAGGGAGGAAAAUGGUUCUUCAAGAGGUCCAAAAAAACCUCCACAAAAGAACUGACCAACAAAGUUUCUCUUGACGUUCCUCAAUCGUGUGAUCUGGCUAAGAUGAACCAGCGUCUCAUGGAGGCCAGCAGUCAGUUCAAGAAGAAACAGGACAAAGGGACGAUAGACGUUUGGUGGCUGUUUGAUGACGGAGGUCUGACGCUUCUGCUACCUCACAUCCUCACCACACGAAAGAAAUGGAGGGACUGUAAACUCCGAAUCUUCAUCGCCGGACAGUCUGAACGUAUUGAACAAGACAAAGAAGAAAUGCAGUCACUACUGAAGAAAUUCAGGAUCAAAUGUGAUGAGUUCAAAGUUAUAACAGAUAUGAACGUGAGACCCAGCACAGAGAGCUGGAAAGCCUUUAAGGACGUGAUCGAGCCGUUCCGGUUACAUGAAGGAUCAAAAGAGACGAGUCAAGCUGAAGCUUUGAGAAAAGAGCAUCCCUGGAAGAUCACAGACGCUGAACUUGAUUCCUUCGAUGAAAAGACAAAGCUGCAGGUGCGUUUGAAUGAACUUCUGCAGGAGAGCUCACGCGCUGCCAAACUCAUUGUGGUGAGUUUACCCAUCGCUCGUAAAGGUUCAGUCUCUGAUCAUCUCUACAUGGCCUGGCUCGAGGCGCUCACAAAGAACCUGCCACCUACAAUCCUGAUCCGAGGAAACCACCAGAGCGUCCUGACCUUUUAUUCCUGAAGCAGUCAACUACUUCCUGUUAACCUUUCACCAAUACACUGCUUGUUUCACAUAUUAUUUUUUACACAGAAGUAAGAAGGUAUUUAUUAGUACAUAGCAACACUGAUCAUCACCUUGUAGUUGAUGUGCUUGCACUGGAUCGGUGUUUCUUAACCGGGGAGCUGAGGCCUAAAUGAGUUAAGAUAUUUCAUAGUGGUUGGUUAUUUUUAUACAGCUUUUUUUUAGUUAUGCUAUCUAAGUGAAACUAUAAAGGGCUUGAAGUUGAAUGGGUUGAGAUCCACUGAUCUGAUUUGUGGUAAUGUGUAGCUAUAGCAACAAUCACAUUUGAUUCGUGCACAGCAGUGCACACACAAUAUAAACGCGUCAAUAUAUUAUCAAAUGAUUUAGUACGAUCAGAUAUCAGAUUUUAACAGUUAUUCUUUUGUAAAUAUGUUAACUAAUGCUUUAUUGUUAUGUUACAUUGCCAAUCUUGUUUAUAUGUAUGCGGUACUGGGACAGAUAUACUGUGAAAUUAUUUCAUGCUACAUUCUUAUUCAAUGAUAUUAAAGUUUUAUUUAUGAUUAUUUAAAGAUAAUUAAUAAAUACAUUUUUGAAAAAUACAUCUGAG